CCUUCGUUCAACACUGUCACGAGCAAUACGUAACUGCUUCACUGGAACCAUCGUUAUAGUAUUCACUGGCAAGUGCUGGCCAGUGUCAGUCAAUACGAACAUGCGCUCUGGAGUCUGAGCAAUCACAGUAGGAAGAAUUUAAAUGUCCUCGAACUUCACAACGACACUGCCGUGGAACCCGGCGCAUUACUGCGGUACCCACGCCCUCUGCUCAGCCUCUACAUAUAUUGAACGUAUAUCACGUUAACAUUAUUUCGCGGCAAACGAUAUGGUUCGUAACUUUGCAGCCUUGCCAGGUUUUUACCGUACUCUUUUCUUGUACAUUGAGCCAGUGUCCACCGUAUCACCUGCCAUCUUGGCGUGGUUCUUUCCAGGCGCCUCCUGGUUCCACCAUGAGCUGAUACCAACUACCACUGCUGCUUCUGGACCGCUAGAUGCUAGGACUACGAUGGCUAUUUGGCAGUUGGGAAAUUGUUACCUUCUGCUGGGUUUAAUCUCGUCCCUGGUCUUCAGAGCUAUCCGAGAUGCUCUUCCAAAUAAUCCGGAGGCUCAGGAGCGUAUACUUGGAGCAAGUUUCACUGCGCUUGCUCUGGCAGACGUAACACAUAUUGCUGCUUCAUUUAUUGGCCUCCCCGAUGAGCUCAAAUACUCGUAUGGCAAGUGGAAUCCCAUGACCCAUGGCAAUAUCACUUUUGUGAUAUUCUUGUUGAGCGCAAGACUUGCCUGGUUCGCAGGAGUCGGUCGUGCUACAUAUUACUACGGGAAACGGGCCAAGGUGGACUGAGCACCUGAGUUACUUUUUGUAGAUUAAGCCACUAGGCGGUUUCAUGUCUGGCACAAAUUGCAUGUGGGGUCUAUAAAUCCAACUUUGCUGUACAACUUUAAGGUAUGAGCAUAAAUCUGAACACUUCCGAGAAUAACACAA